AUGUGGCCGGUCUCGGGGUCCCCAUCCAGGAAGACGGCAAUGACCAGCGCAGCUGAGUUUGCUGGUAAUGAAUUUCAUACUUCGCUGCCAAGUCAUUGUUUAACCGCCUCUGGCUCUCUUCCACCCUUCACAUGGUUGUGCGAAAAGAGCCCUUCGAGGAAGUCGGUCGACUGGCAUACGCAGCACGUGGCCAAGCCAGCGCAACCUGUGCAGUGUGAUCAGUUCAUCUAUCGAGGCGGUGGUAUCUCGACAACUCAAUUUUCUGUUGAAAAGCGUGUUGAAUUAAGCCUGUCACAAAGCGUUACAUCAACAUUGUUCAGCUGUAACACCCUUUUGGUGCCUAGCUGCCAUGCCGCCCGAAAGAAGCACGAGGGCUGGGAUACCGCCAGGUUGCCCAAGUCUGGACAGGGCAAGUCGAGAGAAGGAGGUCAGGUUAGAACCACGGACCUUCCGGUCGGUAAAUUCGCGCUCAAACGACUAAGCCAUCUCCCGUUACAUACACAAGACAAAAUAGCUCAAAUCGUUCGCGAGAGGCUGGCGAACCACGCGAACUUAUCAAGAGGUGAGCUUCAAAUAACUCAGUGGUUAGGGCGCAAAGUUACCGACUGGAAGGUCCGCGGUUCGAAACCAGUAGCAGCAUCUCGAGUGCUUCAUCUAGGCUUGGGCAACCUGACAGUAUCUCAGCCCUCGAGCUUCCUUCAGUCCGUAUCCACAUCUGUUAACCUCAAAGUGCGAAAUAACAACUGGUUAAACUUCACAAGGGAAACUACUCACAAGGUUGCUGAAAACUCUUCGACAGCCCACGACCGGCUUCGCCCUUCUUGGGGUUCAUCAGGUAGGCGCAAUCCCCGGGUUUUCGUCAACCUUAUGUCCUACUUGAACCCAAAUUGGACUGUUUUCGAGAAAUACACUCAUUUGCAAAUCAAUUUGGUUUUCACGAGAGACUCAACUGAAUCUCUCGUAGAACAGCACCUGAACUAUUGUAGUGUGACAGAUGAGGUAAAUGCACGAAUCCCCAAGGCUCGGACCGCGUUUGCUAAUUUGAGACACUUAUGGCGUCAGAGUAGUUUAUCCCUGGAUCUCAAGGGACGUGUGUGUCAAGCUAAAGUACGGGUUGUUUUGUUGUAUGGAUGUGAGACUUGGCCUAUUCGAGCAGCGGAAAUGAGACGUCUUCAGGUGUUCGACAAUCGUUGUCUCAGAGCCAUAACUCGUGUGGGUUGUUGUCGGCGAAUCCGUAACGAGGCAGUUAGCGCGUUUUCGGUUGUGCAACGGGCACUUCCAUUGAAGAAUGUGUCCAGCACCAGGAACUACGUCGGUUGGAACAUGUGCUGCGCAUGCCUAGCCAUCGUUUGCCGAAGAGAAAGCUGUUUUCCAUGCCCAACUCAGAGUGGCGGGUAUCGGGUGUUGUCGGUGCUACACGCCUUCCGGGAUGGGGACCGCGUGAUCCCCACUCUGCCUGUUGGAGACGCAUGGUUGCUAACCGAUGUCAGUGGCGUUCUUGUUGCCAGUUUCUAUCCAGACUGCCUGAAUGAGUGCAGGUGUAGGACCUCGGAAUCAUGGGAGGAAACUCCCUUAAACAUAAAGCAACUUACAGCUAAUUGUGGUCUCGGAACAGCGCAGUGUUUAAGGGGCCAGCUUAAGGAUCGCAAGGUCCGUGGUUUGAACCAAACUUCAGCAUCCCGACUGCUCCUGUCUAGGCUUGAACAACCUGGCCGUAUUUCAGCCCUCAUGCCUCCUUCCAUUAGCAUGGCAGCUGCGCACCGAACGGGUGCUACAGCUGAACGAUCUAAAAUUUUGUUCAUGCUAGGGCGUAUACGGAAGCGGGGUAAACUGCAUCAGCACAGUGGCAAAACUGACACCUUGACGCGGCGGUCGGGCUUGAGUGCUGAAAUGAUCCCGCGGGCUACCCUGGCUGGAACUUCGUUCGACAAGGUGCAACCAUGCCAGCAAGGCCAAAAGAGAGCAGUCAAACCAAGAGCAGCGGGACCUCGUACUACGAGUAAUCGUGAGUUUUUAACAUCCGUACUCUACAUCACACUGGUAAACAGGCAAUGCACGUUGAAACCUCAAACUCCCUUAAAACUGAUAUGUGCUCUGUCUCCGAAACACAUAUACAAGGCCAAAGCGUGGUUAGGCAUCUCAAAACGCCAGGGACGAACUCAGCUCUUUCACAUCUCUCUCCGUGUGUCCAGUGAUCCAGAAGCGAUAACUCGUGGAAUAUAUGGCGCUGGCAUCCCAGUGAACAGUCGUCUCUGCGCCAUCCGGUUAUCUGGCUCAAUCAAGCUCAACGCCUCUCGAUAUAUAAAAAAGCGCCGCCUGUUUGUAGUGUUGGUUUGUGCACCAACAUACCGCAGUUCUGAUGCUGCUGACCAUCAACUCUUUCUGGCCAUUGCGGACUUUCGGCACAAACACUCGCAUUGCGCAACCAGGCGGCCACCAUCUGCAAAUCAACCGUGGACCCAGUUGGACCACAUGGCCAUCAGCCGCAAUUCAAGAAAAACUGCCGUUCUCAGUAAAAGCAUUCCAAUUCAUCAUCUCCGAAGAACUACCAUAUCCCAACAGCAUCGAUCUGAGCUAGCUCAACAACUUUCUACAGUAAAACAAAACCCUACUAGUAUCGAGAACGGGGAUGAAGCAUGCAGGCAACCAGUAGGACAGUGCACACAAGUCUCUCAAACGCCAAAUAGCGAAGAACCUACGGAAAGACUGAGAGCUCUGGUGAACAUCGAAAGCUCAGGAGACGGAGAAGGCUUCUGCCACCGGAAACAGCCAUGCCCUAUUUCAACUGAUAAAGGCGUUCAGCUGUAG